AUGACGACAACUAUAAAAUUGAAGAACAGUAAUAACGGUGACAUUGUUAAGAAUACCGAACAGGGUACGAUAUCGUUUCAAUUUAAAAACGGGAUUUCCGUAGACAUCACUCUCGAUGGAUCGAUCAGAGUUGCCAAUCAAACGGCGAACGCUGUGGCAGCCGUGAAUGCAACCGGUAACAUAUCGGCCGUCAUGCACCCUGUUGGUUUUAUGUAUAAAAAAGACGAAAUCGUCCACGUACAGGCGAAUGACAUUAACUUUGGAAAUCACAAGUUGGCAAAAAUAAGAUCAACGGGAAUCCACUUCAAGGCCGUCAAAAGCCCGCUGGUGUACUUGGUGGACGAAGCGGGCGUGAGGACGAACUUCUCGGAGAACUUUAUGCGCAUGGACAGGGACAUCACGUUGGACGUGUUGUAUAAGGAUUGCCGGCAUGGGGCCAUGUACGUAAACGUGUGCAACGAUUUGCUGUCAGACAUCAAGAGCACAGUUCUCGAGACUGGUACGGAAUGGAAACUGUACGACGUGUCGGUGGUACAAGAGAACGUUCACGGAUUCAUCAGGGUGAUCAAAGACGGGUGCGAAAAGUUCGAGAUCCGGUCCUCGGCGUCCGUCGGCACAAUAAAUCUGUACUCAGAUGCAGUAGACUGCACGGCGUCGCAUGGCACCAAUCACCAUUUAUUCGUCAAGAAGAACAAGAGCCGCAUCCACUACGAAGUGCGCAACAAGUUCAUGGUCCGGUACGGCGGCUAUCACACCGGUUUCAACGAGUGCGACGAAGUGUCGUUUUUCUGA